AUGAGCAUAUGCUUAGAUAAUUGUGGGCAUGCAUUCGUAACAGAUGGGCCCAAACAAGCCAUACAAGUGUUCAGUACAGAGGGUGUAUACAAGUACACAAUACAGUGCAAUACGUAUCCUUAUGAUGUGGCCAUUGACAAUACAGGAUACAUUCAUGUAGCGUAUUACAAUAACACGAGUGUACAGCUGUUCUCAUCAGAGGGAGGGAGGAAGAGCUCACUAUCAUCACCACCAACACAGCAUUCAUCUAUUGCAUCGCUCCUCUCACCACCUCAUUUCAAUAUAUCGGGAUCAAUAAGUAUGGUCAGUGACUUGAUUACAGGUAUGUCACAUCGUAAUGGUAAAGGCUCAUCAUCAAUUAAACCAGGAGGAGGAGGAGGAGAGUUUAUAGGGGGGGAAACUCAGCUGUUGCAAACUACCAAUAAGCCAUCAAGUGCCACAUUCAAUAACAGCUGCAUUCAAGUAUUCUCUCCAGAUGGCAAAAGAGGUUUGUACUCUUAUAGCACUGAUGAGAGUCUUGUGUAUCCUACUGGACUAGCAAUGGAUGAUGAAGGAUAUCGUUUUAUAGCUGAUUCUAAUCAUCAUUGCUUGCGUGUGCUCAAUCCAACUGGUAAGGAGAUUCAUCAGUGUACUGGUCUCAACUUUCCUUAUGGUGUUACCAUUGAUGUUACAGGCCAUGUAUAUGUUGCUGAUUCUAGCAAUCACAGGAUUGUAAAAUAUUGA